ACAGUAAUAGAGGGCGCUUUUGAUAGCGGAAGCUAGAUUAUCGGCGGAAUUAUCGUUAUUGAAAUGAAUGAAAAAGAAAAUGCCAUAAUCUUGAUGUUUUGAAGUAUUUGAUGAUACGCAAAUAUAAAUAGAAUUAUAUUGGAAAUGACAAAACGAAAGAGAGCAACAAAAGACUCCUCCCUAUCAGAGGAGAGUGAGGGCUCCAUGGGGGAUAGUGAGGCAGAGAGCGUCACAGAGGCCAGAGUUACAAGGAGGUCUGCAGCAGGCCUGAACUCUCCACCUCCACCAGCACCACCAAAGAAAAAAAGAAAGCCCAAUCUUUCGGAGUCCUUGUCUGAAUCAGAGAGUGAACUCCCACCCACCAAAUCAAGUCGCAGCAAGACAGGCAGUGUGAAGAAUAAGGGCAAAGCAAGCAAUUCUCGUUCUAGUGGGAAUUCUAGUGAUUCAGAUAGAGGACCAAGUGACAAUAGCCCUGGAAAGGGAAAAUCUGACUCUGGUAAAAAUAGCAAGGGAAAAGAUAGGCGAAGUGGUAAAAGUGAAAAAACUUUGACACCAAGAGGAAAAUUUGGUCAAACUUCAAGACAAGGAAAGUCCUCUAAAAAGCAAACAAUGGAGUCGUCCUCAGAAGAUGGGCUGAUGUCUAUAUGGACAGAGAAGAGGGCCACACCUAAUAUGGACUAUAACGAGAGUAAUGCUAAGUGUCCACUACCUGGUUGUGAUUCAAAAGGUCAUUUGACUGGAAGACAUGAAACUCACAGGACAUUAGCAUCCUGCCCUUUAUACCAUAACACAUCUGCAGAUGAAUGCAAGAAAAAAUAUGAUGAACGCCAGAAGCAUCAAGAGGACAGAGAAAAAUUUCUAGAAAAUACUUCAGGAAAGAGGGACAUGAGGAGACUGGUACAGACAAAUGAACAAAAAGUUAAAGUCCGUGCAAUCCGAGAUGAGAGGAAGAAGUUCAAGGAGGUUUCCGAGGACCUGAGGAAAAAACAUCGACAACACAAGGAAAAUUUUGAGAGGGCAAGGGAGCCCCUCCUCCAGGGUCUGGCAUCUAAGAAUGAUCUAAAACUGUUCAGAGAGGCUCAGGCCAAGGCUUGUGAAGUACUGGAACAUGAGAUAACCACCCAUUACUCCAGAAAUGACCUUCAGGAGUAUAGAAUUAAGAAGCUGGAGAUUGGAAGAUACGAAAUGUCCACAUGGUAUUCAAGCCCAUAUCCUGAAGAGUAUGCACGCUUGCCCAAGAUCUAUCUGUGUGAAUUCUGUCUCAAGUACAUGAAAACUGCUACAAUUCUCAGGAGACAUAUGGCCAAGUGUGUAUGGCGACAUCCACCUGGAGAUGAAAUUUACAGAAACAAAAACAUUUCAAUGUUUGAAGUGGAUGGUAAAAGAAACAAGGUGUACUGUCAGAACCUUUGCCUACUGGCUAAGCUGUUUCUGGACCACAAGACACUGUAUUUUGAUGUGGAACCAUUCCUGUUUUAUGUUAUGACGGAGAAUGACAAUCAUGGAUGUCACAUCAUUGGUUACUUCUCAAAGGAGAAGAACAGUUUCCUGAACUACAAUGUGUCCUGUAUAUUGACCCUUCCUCAGUACAUGAGACAAGGAUAUGGCAAAAUGUUGAUAGAUUUUAGUUAUUUAUUGAGUAGAACUGAGAACAAAAUAGGCUCACCAGAGCGUCCGCUGUCAGAUCUGGGUCUCAUUAGCUACAGGAGUUACUGGAAGGAUGUACUGCUAGGUUAUCUACACAAAUACCAAGGGAAAGAAAUCUGUAUUAAAGAUGUGAGCCAGGAAACAGCCAUUAAUGCUAAUGACAUCGUCAGUACUCUACAAGCACUGGGCAUGUUAAAAUACUGGAAGGGAAAGCAUCUAGUCCUUAAGAGACAGGAUUUGAUAGAAGAAUUCUUGGAUAAGAAGGCUAAAAAGCCCACAGAUAACAGAGCCAUUGAUUCACAUUGCUUGAAAUGGAUACCCCAUUCUAAAAGGACACAGCCCCAGCAAGCGUGAAAAAGAAGACUUUGCAAAAGAUAGGGCGUGGGGAUGUCUUCAAAAACACUGGUGCCAUGUUCUCAUGUUUUAACUGUGUUGUUAUUCAAGAUAAACCAUAUGUUUAUGUUAGUCUAUUUAUGUGUAUUAUUCCUAUUGAAAGAAAGAAAAAUAUGAACCAUUUAAGUUUUAUGUUUUGAAAUUUGGUAAUAAAUUAAUUACUUGUUCACUUUGAAAGAAGAUAUAACACAAUUAUUAUCCCAAAUGUGAUAUACAUGUAUUUCCUGGUAAUUUGACCUUGUGAAUUCACCUGUUUGUAUCACUAUAUUUGUUGAUAAUGAUUCCUGAAACAAAGAAUUGAGAAUCUCAUUUUUAUGUCGUGCAUUUUUUAUUCUGACAUGACUCACUGAUAAAUGAGGUUUUGUGUGUUUAUCCUCUCUGACAACUUGUAUCAUAUCUAUUAAAGAAAUUUGAAGUAGUGUUUUAAGGUCCUGUUAUAAUGCAUCAAUGUGCUUUCACUUUCAUAGAUCCUUUGUGUACCAUGUAGUGAAAGAACAAGGAUUAUGUUCUUACACUGUAUGGCAACUGUUGUAAAUAUUUAUCUUCAUAAAUUCUAUUUAAGGGGGCCAACUGGGGUUUUCAUUGUGCAAUACUUCGCGCAGCAUAGUAAAAUAAAGCGUAUUUACUCUUUAAAGCAACUAGUUUUACAUAAUUUAUAAAAAAUAACUAAUUUAGGAAAUAUGAGGUCAAAAAAUGUAAUUACGUUUUUAAUUAACUGAUUUUUUUUAACGAUUUUUCAAAUAAUGGGUAGAAAGACGUCGUAAUAGUGUGUUUUUGACGUUAUGAAUAACCGAAUUUCUUUAAGCGGGGUCAUUAAUUAUGCCAUAAAAUAAAAAGUAUAAAAUGUAUGCUCUUGGAAUUUUAAACAUAGGAAAUUGAGAAUAUAGCAAUCAUUGUUACUAUUUUUUAUGUAAAUCUGUGGUAUCUGUCAUGUUUUGUUUUACUCCAUAAAAAGAGGAAAAUAUCAUGAAUUUUGAGAUGCCCCCUCUGGAAACCAGACGGUAGAAUUUUGUGUUUCUUGCACAAAAUGUACAAUAUAGUAUUACCCAUCAAAUAAUAAAAUUUGAGCAAAAAGUCUAUAGUAGUAUUUGUAUAAUUUGCUCCGAAGUGCGAAAAAAUGGUAUUUUCCUACAUAAUCCUAUAGUAAAUGUACCCAUAUUUUGAGACGGUCCCUGAAAAAUAACCAGACGGUAGAUUUUCACUAAACUUAGCAUGUAUACUGAAGUCAAUGUAAGGUAUAUAGGGUAUAAAAUUAAAGAGUUUCUUUAUAGUAGUUUUCACACAAUAAAACCCCAGUCGGCUCCCUUAAAGCAUACAUUAAUACAUUUAUUGUACAUAUUUUGUCAUCUUAUUUUGUAAAAAUGAUGUUUUCCCAACUAAUUUAAUGCCAUUAUAAAACUUGAAUAGUGUUCAUUGACUUAUGUUUUUAUAUAUGUUUAAAAUAAAUAACUUAAUGACAUGCAUCCUUUUUUAAGCUAUGAAAAGAAAAUUAAUAUUGAAAAAGCAUAAUUUUUUU